UUUAAGUUCAGUUCUAAGAAUAUACAUGUGCAAAACAGCGCAUUGCUUUAACAAAAUGUUCUUCAAGUGCAUUGUUUUUCUGUCUAUUUUAUGUGGUUUAUUUGCUUCAGAUUGCAUACUUCCGUCAAGCAAAACAUACUUUGCAUCCACAGAAGCCCUGAACUGGACAGAUGCUAGAGAAGCCUGCAUUAAUGUUGGUGGGGAGUUGGCUAGUAUUAUAACGAAUGAGGAAUACAACUCUAUUGAAACAUUUUUAGUCCAGAACAAUAAAAAACCAGCAAAUAAAUGGUCUGGUUAUUGGUUGGCUGGAAUAAGACACUCCGACGGAACAUUCUACUGGGAUACCACUGGCACAAGGGUUGGAACUAGCGUUGGAGGGUGGCUAUUUAAUGAACCCAACGAUGUUUCGCAAAUGGAACACUGUAUCGAACUGAAAUGGGAUGAUGAAAUGGGAUAUUCGGGUUGGAACGAUAUUUCUUGCGACACAAAAAGACGGUACCUAUGCCAGAACACAAAAAAAGAAGAUUCCAGAGUAAAAAGCUUGGAGGAUUAUAGCUUCCUAGGUCAAGCCAACCCAAAAAAUAAAGUAGAAAAUUAUAGAUUAAGUUUUUAUCAUCUUCGUUUUCCCCGUAGAAGGUAUUAACCUUGUUUAUAUUCAUAGAUAAAUGUUCCUUCAUUUAUGUUUAUAUUAUAAGCCGUCAAAUAAUUUAAAAACUAAAGUUAGUUUAUAAUUUAUAAUUUUCAGGAAUAAAAUAAACCUGAAAAAUUGUUAAUCCAUUCAUGUAAUCAUUUUUAUAGAAGAAUAAUCCAAAUAAAACCAAUCGUAAAAUUGUC